AUGACUGACUACGGUCCUCGUGCUCCCCAUGGGCCCGACAUGUCGGGCACCCACAACCCGCUGGAGGAUAUGGAUUCCAGCGAGAAGGGUGCCUUCGACCGCCUCAUUCGCCCUGACGACAGUUACAAUGAGCAGGGUGUCUACUGGGCUGACAUGCCCUUGGGCGAGAAGAUCAAAUUCAUCAGUUCCUACGAUGCCAAGGAAGCCCGCACCGAGCUUUCCAGCAUUUGGGCCAUGAUGAAGAAGGACCCAUUGUCUCCCGUUUCAUACUACUUCCGCAACAUGGUGCUUCCCGGUGCUGGUCUGGGGUUGGAGGGCUAUGUCCUGUUCUCCAUCGGAAACAUCAAGCCGCUCAUGCAGAAGGCCUUCCCGGCGUGCUGGGAAACCCACGAGAUUUGUAGCAAGGAGUGGCUGAGUGCCGUUGAUUACCUGGAGAUCAUCGGUAUUAUUGUGGGUCAGAUUUUGGUCGGUUUUGUUGGUGACUGGAUCGGUCGUCGCUGGGGUCUGAUUCAGGAUGCAACUAUCAUGUUCAUCGGUCUGAUCAUGUUGACUGCCGCCUGGGGUGUGACCCAGAAUGGCUGGGUCAUCUGCUACGCGUGGUCUCUGUUCUUCUAUUCCGUUGGUGUUGGUGGUGAAUACCCCAUGACUGCCACUUCUGGUAUGGAGAACGCGGUUGGCUCCGGAAAGAUCUCCACCAAGGAAGAUCGUCUGCACCGUGGCCGUAAGGUUACCAGCGCGUUCCUUAUGCAAGGUUGGGGUCAGUUCUUCAACCAGGUCAUCCUGAUCAUCCUGCUGCUGUGCUUCCAUCACGGCAGUGGUAACAACCCCUACUCGACUGUGGCUGUGCAGUGGACGUACCGUGUCUCUUUCGCCAUCCCCGCGGUGGGCACCUUGUGGCUUGUCUACUACCGUGCCUACCACAUGAAGGCUGCUUCUAAGCAACUCGACGCUGCGAAGAAGAAGGCCUCGGUCACUGGCUACGAUGUGGAAUCUCUGCGCUUGACCUUCAAGCACUUUGGCCCCCGUCUCCUCGCCACCGCUGGCGGUUGGUUCGCCAAUGACGUGUUCUUCUACGGAAACAAGCUUUUCCAGAGCGAUUUUAUCAAAGUCAUCUCCCCUGCAUCUGACUCGGUCAUGCCUACGUGGCUGUGGAACUUGGUGAACGUCGGUGUCUCGCUGUGUGGUUACUACCUCGCCUCGUUCCUCAUCGACAACAAGCUUUACGGCCGAAAGUGGAUGCAGACCGUUGGAUUCCUCAUGUGUUUCAUCCUCUUCGUCGUACCCGCUUUCCACUACAAGUACUACAAGUCCGAAGCCCACAUCAAGGAGUUCCAGACGAUGUAUUUCCUGAGCUCCUUUUUCAACCAGUUUGGUCCCAACUGUGUUAGCUUCCUGGUCGCCGCUGAAGUCUUCCCCACGCCGAUCCGUGCCACUGCCCACGGUAUGUCCGCUGCCGCGGGUAAGGCUGGUGCUCUCUUGGCCUCUGUCCUCUACAACUACAUUGACACGCAGACCAAGUUCUAUGUUGUGCCCUGGUUCGGUCUUGCCGGUGUAGUUCUCACCCUGGCUUUCCUGCCCGACACUACUGGUCUUGACCUCAAGGAGCAGGAGCGCCGCUGGCAGUGCCUCCGCGAAGGCCGCGAGGAGGAUUACCACGGCCCCGCCGUCCACCCAAAGCACCUCUCCUGGUACGAGCGCUUUGUGUUGAAGAAGGGCCGCUUCUAUGACGCCGAGCUGGACUACCAACAAAAGGUGGAAGAGUAUCGUAUCGAGUGGGAAGCCCUGAUGGCUCAGCGCGUUGCUGAGCAGGAGAAGGGUGAGGACAACUUUGACACGGAUGACACCUUGUUGGAGGGUCAUGUCCACACCUACUUCCACCGCACCAGCCCCAUGUUCAAGGGCAUGGAGAAGGUCUCGAAUAAGCAGGACAACUUCCGUCUUCCACCUGCUGCCGAGUCUGGUUCUGAAGGGAGCUUCUCCAACGAGAAGACCGAUGAGCAACAACCAAGAGAGAAGUAG